AUGUCUGUAGACUUCUCCAAAAACGCUAAGGAGAGACCAGAGCCUCACAAUGCAGAGGUUAUAGGGAGCAUACCUGACUGGCUGCAAGGCACGCUGGUGCGGAACGGCCCUGGGAUCUUCUCUGUGGGGGAGACCAGCUAUGACCACUGGUGUGACGGGAUGUCAUUUAUGAACAGCUUUUCUAUCAAAAAUGGUAAAGUGACUCACAGGAGUCGGUUCCUCAGAAGUGACACCUACAACUCAAACAUGACUUCAAACAGAAUUGUUGUGUCCGAGAUGGGAACUAUGGCCUAUCCAGACCCAAGCAAGAACUUCAUUUUUAAGGCAAUUACUUUCCUCAACCACACAGUGCCAGAUUUCACUGAUAAUGCUGCAAGCAACAUCAUUAAGUACGGAAACGAUUACUACGCCACUUCUGAAACCAACUACAUUCGCAAGAUCGAUCCUUUCACCCUGGAAACUCUAGAUAAGGUGGACUACAUGAAAUUCCUGCCUGUGAAUUUGGUUUCAUCCCAUCCACACUAUGACAGGGAGGGCAGCGUCUACAACGUUGGCACUUCAAUUGCAGAGAAGGCAAAGACCAAAUACAUUUUUUUCAAAAUCCCUGCUGUUACAGAAAAAGGGCUGAAGAAAGAUAUUAGUUUCCAAAGCAACGGCUACACCAAACCAAACUACAGAAGAUUUGUACUUCCUGUCAGAUCUGACAAGGGCAUUGCAGUGGGUGAGAACAUGGUGACACUCAAAUACACAACAGCCACUGCUGUGAAGCAGAAAGAAGGCAGAUUGGAAUGUAAGGCAGAAGUGCUCUGCGAAGGUUUUGAAUUACCUCGUAUCAACUACGACUUCAAUGGCAAGAAGCACCAGUUCAUCUAUGGAAACAUCGUGGAGGAGUCGGUGCUGUCGACUCAGAAAAAAUGGUUUACUGGAGUGAGGAGAACUGCUGGCCUUCAGAGCCGGUGUUCGUCCCCAGACCAAACGGAGAGUCAGAGGAUGAUGGAGUCCUCCUGAUCGCAGUCAUCAACUGUAUACCGGGUCAGUCUGGUUUCCUCCUGAUCCUCGAUGGUAAAACGUUUAAAGAAGUAGCUCGAGCGUACGUGAACACCGAGCUUCACAGAGACAUGCACGGAUUUUUCAUCCCGCACGCCAAAUAAUGAAAUGUUCGUAGAUUUGAAAGCAAAAAGUUUAGGACUAUCUACUUACUGGUUUCCCUUUUUUAACAGUCACUCCUGUCUGUAUUCACAUGGUUUUCUGCAUUUUUAUACUAGCCUACAGGAUUGUGUUCAUUAUUAUCUACCAUACCUGAACUGUUUUUAUACAUUCACCUUCUAUUUUCAUUUAUUUUAAAGUGCUUCUGCUUUCAUUUCUGUAUUCUGAACCAGAUUCAAGCCACUAAAUAAACAUAAAUAAACACGAGUAUUUUCUUUAAUUCAUGUUAUGCAGAGUUGUGUUUAGUAGAAAUGGUAAAAUAGUAUUUUUAUUUGUAUAUCCUUGUAGUUGUAUUUGAAAAUCCUGUAAUUGUAUGUUUCAGCCAUGCACCCUUAUGCAAUAGAAACUAACUUUUUUUCUAAAUAUGAAAUCAUUUAUACACUUUGAGAUGACUUCCUUUCAAAUUAAAAGUCAUCCUGUACCACAUCAUCUCAAUGGAGAACGUGGUUGUGUGAAAGUUUAUGCUGCUUUUGCAAGAUGCCUUUAAAAAGAAUGCAGUUUUUGAUGCAAAAACUUCUAAACAUCCUGACUCACACCAUGACUGUCCAACCAAACUAUUCA